UCACAGCGCUCAGUCGCGCCUUGAGCGCGGAGCGGCCGGAGAGGAAAGGGGGAGGCUCCGCGCCUAGGGCUCCGGGAGGCGCCGGUUCCCCGGUGGGGUUAAAGCUCCCCGCUCUCUCAACCCCUCCGUGAAGGGGUCGGUUCCGAGCAGUCGGAGCGGCGCGAGGCCGCGGCCCCACCGGCGCCAUGCACGGCGGGCCGCCCUCGGGCGACAGCGCCUGCCCGCUGCGCACCAUCAAACGAGUCCAGUUCGGGAUCCUCAGCCCCGAUGAGAUGAAACGGAUGUCGGUGACUGAGGGGGGCAUCAAGUACCCCGAAACCACCGAGGGGGGACGCCCCAAACUGGGGGGGCUCAUGGACCCCCGGCAGGGUGUCAUCGAGAGGACGGGGCGCUGCCAGACCUGUGCUGGGAACAUGACGGAGUGUCCGGGCCACUUUGGCCACAUCGAGCUGGCCAAGCCCGUGUUCCACGUGGGAUUUUUGGGCAAAACCAUGAAAAUCCUGCGCUGCGUCUGCUUCUUCUGCUCCAAGCUGCUCGUGGACUCGAACAACCCCAAAAUCAAGGACAUCCUGGGCAAGUCCAAGGGGCAGCCCAAGAAGAGGCUGACCCACGUCUACGACCUGUGCAAAGGCAAGAACAUCUGCGAGGGGGGCGAGGAGAUGGACCACAAGUUUGGGGUGGAGCAGCCCGAGGGCGACGAGGACCUCACCAAGGAGAAGGGCUACAGUGGCUGUGGGCAGUAUCGGCUCCUGUUGCUAGGCUACAGUGGCUGUGGGCAGUAUCGGCUCCUGUUGCUGACCCAAGGCCAUGGUGGCUGCAGGCACUACCAGCCCCUGUUUCUAGUCCAAAUGAUUCCUACUUUUGACCCCAGUAGCCCCAUUUUUGACCCAAGUAACCCCACUUUUAACCCCAGUAACCCCAUUUUUGACCCAAGGUCCCCAAUCCCCUUUUGGGGUCACCCCCAAGACUCUUUGGGGUCUCCCCAUUAUUCUCCCACCCUAAAUCCACCCUGCACCUUUCCCAUGUCAUUUUGGGCUUUCUCACCUCCCUCUAUCAAUACCACCCCCCCACUAAUAAACGUUGGGGUCACCCCACUAAUUUUGGGGUGUCCCCAGGAUGACCUGACCCACAAACUGGCCGACAUCGUCAAGAUCAACAACCAGCUGCGGCGCAACGAGCAGAACGGGGCGGCCGCGCACGUCAUCGCCGAGGACGUCAAGCUGCUGCAGUUCCACGUGGCCACCAUGGUGGACAACGAGCUGCCCGGCCUGCCCCGGGUACAGCAGGGGUCACAGGGGGGUUUGAUUUUUAGAGGUUUGGGGUGAUUUAGGGGGAGUUUGGGGGGUUUAGUGCUGAUGUUCCCUGGUCCAUCACUGUGACUCCCAGAGCCCCAAAAUCCCCGAAAUUGACCCCAAAACCCCCUCAGGCUGCAGGAGCUGGUGCGCAGGGGGAACAGUCAGUACCCGGGGGCCAAGUACAUCAUCAGGGACAACGGGGACAGGAUCGACCUCCGCUUCCACCCCAAACCCAGCGACCUCCACCUGCAGAUCGGCUACAAGGUGGAGCGUCACAUGUGCGACGGGGACAUCGUCAUCUUCAACCGGCAGCCCACCCUGCACAAGAUGUCCAUGAUGGGCCACAGGGUCAGGAUCCUGCCCUGGUCCACCUUCCGUCUGAAUCUGAGUGUCACCACGCCCUACAACGCCGACUUUGACGGCGACGAGAUGAACCUGCACCUGCCGCAGUCGCUGGAGACGCGGGCGGAGAUCCAGGAGCUGGCCAUGGUGCCCCGGAUGAUCGUCACCCCCCAGAGCAACCGGCCCGUCAUGGGCAUCGUGCAGGACACGCUGACGGCCGUGCGCAAGUUCACCAAGAGGGACGUCUUCCUCGAGAGGGGCGAGGUGAUGAACCUGCUGAUGUUCCUGUCCACGUGGGAUGGCAAGGUGCCCCAGCCAGCCAUCCUGAAGCCGCGGCCGCUCUGGACAGGGAAGCAAAUCUUCUCCCUGAUCAUCCCUGGCCACAUCAACUGCAUCCGCACCCACAGCACCCACCCCGACGACGAGGACAGCGGCCCCUACAAGCACAUCUCCCCCGGGGACACCAAGGUGAUCGUGGAGAACGGAGAGCUCAUCAUGGGCAUCCUGUGCAAGAAGUCCCUGGGGACGUCGGCCGGGUCCCUGGUGCACAUCUCCUACCUGGAGAUGGGCCACGACACCACGCGGCUCUUCUACAGCAACAUCCAGACUGUCAUCAACAACUGGCUGCUCAUCGAGGGUCACACCAUCGGCAUCGGGGACUCCAUCGCCGACGCCAAGACCUACCAGGACAUCCAGAACACCAUCAAGAAGGCCAAGCAGGAUGUCAUCGAGGUGAUCGAGAAGGCCCACAACAACGAGCUGGAGCCCACCCCGGGCAACACCUUGCGCCAGACCUUUGAGAACCAGGUGAACAGGAUCCUCAACGACGCCCGUGACAAGACCGGCUCCUCUGCCCAGAAAUCCCUGUCCGAGUACAACAACUUCAAAUCCAUGGUGGUCUCGGGGGCCAAGGGCUCCAAGAUCAACAUCUCCCAGGUGAUCGCGGUGGUGGGGCAGCAGAACGUGGAGGGCAAGCGGAUCCCGUUCGGCUUCAAGCACCGGACGCUGCCGCACUUCAUCAAGGACGACUACGGCCCCGAGAGCCGCGGCUUCGUGGAGAACUCCUACCUGGCCGGCCUCACGCCCACCGAGUUCUUCUUCCACGCCAUGGGCGGCCGCGAGGGCCUCAUCGACACGGCCGUGAAGACGGCCGAGACCGGGUACAUCCAGCGGCGGCUGAUCAAGUCCAUGGAGUCGGUGAUGGUCAAGUACGACGCCACCGUCAGGAACUCCAUCAACCAGGUGGUGCAGCUGCGCUACGGCGAGGACGGGCUGGCCGGAGAGAGCGUCGAGUUCCAGAACCUGGCCACCCUCAAACCCUCCAACAAGGCCUUCGAGAAGAAGUUCAAGUUUGACUACACCAACGAGCGGGCGCUGCGGCGGACGCUGCAGGAGGAGCUGGUCAAGGACAUCCUGUCCAACGCCCACAUCCAGAACGAGCUGGAGCGCGAGUUCGACCGCAUGCGCGAGGACAGGGAAGUGCUCAGGGUCAUCUUCCCCACCGGGGACAGCAAGGUGGUGCUCCCCUGUAACCUGCUCCGCAUGAUCUGGAACGCGCAGAAGAUCUUCCACAUCAACUCCCGGCUGCCCUCGGACCUGCACCCGGUCAAGGUGGUGGAGGGGGUGAAGGAGCUGAGCCGCAAGCUGGUGAUCGUCAACGGGGAGGACCCGCUGAGCCGGCAGGCGCAGGAGAACGCGACGCUGCUCUUCAACAUCCACCUGCGCUCCACGCUCUGCAGCCGCCGCAUGGUGGAGGAGUUCCGGCUCAGCGGGGAGGCCUUCGACUGGCUGCUGGGCGAGAUCGAGUCCAAGUUCAACCAGGCCAUCGUGAGAACGGGCUUUGGGGUGUUUGGGGUCAUCCUUGGGGGGUUUUGGGGUCACUUUUGGGGUUUUGAGGGGUUUUGGGGUCAGAUCUUGGGGCAUCUGAGGGCUCUUCGAGGAAUUCUGGGUGAACCUGGAGGAGCUUUGGGGGUUCCUGGCAGAUCUUUGAGGACACCCUGGAAGUCCCUUGGGUGCCGUGACCUUGGAGGUGACCCUGUCCCCACCUUGUGUCCCCUCCCAGGCUUUGGUGACGACCUCAACUGCAUCUUCAACGACGACAACGCCGAGAAGCUGGUGCUGCGCAUCCGCAUCAUGAACAGCGACGAGAACAAGAUGCAGGAGGAGGAGGAGGUGGUGGACAAGAUGGACGAUGACGUCUUCCUGCGCUGCAUCGAGUCCAACAUGCUGACGGACAUGACCCUGCAGGGCAUCGAGCAGAUCAGCAAGGUGUACAUGCACCUGCCGCAGACGGACAACAAGAAGAAGAUCAUCAUCACCGAGGACGGGGAGUUCAAGGCUCUCCAGGAGUGGAUCCUGGAGACCGACGGCGUCAGCCUCAUGCGGGUGCUGAGCGAGAAGGACGUGGACCCCGUGCGCACCACCUCCAACGACAUCGUGGAGAUCUUCACC